AUGUACCAUACUCUGGAUGAAAUCUAUGGUUAUCUGGAUGCUGCAGCGCAGAAAUACCCCAACCUUACGAGCCGGAUUACCAUUGGCAAAACGGAGGAUGGACUCGCUAUUCGGGGACUCAAAAUUAGUUCCGGAGGCAAUUCGACCCGACCGGCCAUAUGGAUCGACGGCGGCACGCACGCCAGGGAGUGGAUUUCCACCGCCUCGACGCUCUUUCUCAUUGACCGUUUCCUAAACAGCUACAACGACAGCAGCCAAGUCACGAAACUCAUCGACACCUUUGAUUGGUACAUGUUCCCCGUGAUCAACGCGGACGGCUACAAAUACACCUGGACUACGCACCGGCUAUGGCGCAAGAACAGGAUACGAAACGUAGGAAGCCUUUGUCGUGGAGUCGACCCCAACAGAAAUUUCGACGUACACUUUGGCUUGUCCGGAUCCAGCGCCAACCCGUGCGCCGAAAACUACGCCGGAAUAUUUCCGUUCUCCGAGGCCGAGAGUCGAGCGAUCCGAGACGGCAUCAACAACGUGAAAGACCGGCUCAGGAUCUACAUCAACCUGCACUCGUUCAGCCAACUGGUCAUGAUUCCGUACGGCUACUCCAAGGGCUACACGUCGGACUACAAGGACCAGAUGUGACCUCAGGAGCGGCGCUGGACUGGGUCUACGACAAGGCCAAGGUCAAACACAGCUUCGUCAUCGAGCUGCGUGACCGCGGCCUCUUUGGCUUCAUUCUCCCGAGAGAAUUCAUCAAUCCGACCGGCG